UCUUUCCGGUUCCUUUAAUGUCAGUGUGUGGUUGUGGUGAGUGACAUUGACUCGGUUCUCUGUUUGCCGUUCUGUUUUCUCCUGCCAUUACAAGCAGAGUAGAGCUCUCCAAUUAGAGCAGAAUUACUCCUCUAACAGCUCCAUGGUAACCUCACAGUUUGCUGGCCAAUUGAUUACGUCUGCUCUUGUGUGUGUGUGUGUGUGUGUGUGUGUGUGUGUGUGUGUGUGUGUGUGUGUGUGUGUGAGAUGUCUCUAGAGUGUACCUCACACUGCCAGCUUAUCAUUUUUAUCAGCUCUACCCUGCUGGACUGGACUCAAAGGCGUCACUACUCAUUAACCUGCUGUCUUUUUUGCUGGAUAUUCUCCUGGGUCUGCUAUGGCUGGACCCAGGCCUGUGGUUCUUAGCGGCCCGUCGGGGGCAGGAAAGAGCACUCUGCUGAAGAAACUCAUGAAGGAAUAUGACAGCGUCUUCGGCUUCAGCGUCUCCCAUACAACAAGAAGUCCUCGACCUGGGGAAGAGAACGGCAAAGGUACGCAUCUCCCCUCACCCACAGCGACGCACAUUUUCCCACUCUGUCACACACCUGAUGCGUAUUUGACUACCUUCGCUCUGGGAUUUUCAGAUUACCAUUUCGUUACGCGGGAGGUGAUGCAGGCGGGCAUCGACAAGGGCGACUUCAUCGAGAACGCUGAGUUUUCAGGGAACAUGUACGGGACGAGUAAAGCAGCCGUGCACGACGUCCAGGCCAAAAACCUCAUCUGUAUACUGGACAUUGACAUGCAGGGAGUGAGGAACAUCAAACAGACGGAUCUCAACGCCAUCUACAUCUCCAUCCAGCCGCCGUCCACAGAAAUACUGGAAAAGCGUCUAAGAGACAGAAAAACGGAGUCGGAGGACAGUCUUCAGAGGCGUUUACGUGCAGCCAAGGUGGACAUGGAGUUCAGUAAAGAGGCUGGUGUGUUUGACGUUGUUAUUGUCAAUGAUAAUUUGGACGUUGCCUAUGGGCAGCUAAAAGACGCUCUUCUCGAGGAAAUCAACAUGGUCAAGAAAACCUCAGCGUCUUCAUAGGAGUCGACCAUCCUGACGCCGUUCAGUUUCGUCCAGUCACUCCUCAGAAGAAACGCAGACCUCCUUUCGACACAUUCCCUCAGAUGGGCGUCGGUCUGUGAAGCUCAGACAACAUCCAUGAGAGGAAAAACACAAACACUUAGGUUUUACGCGGUGUUGUGAAGUAUUUAUUACUCCAAUAACAUACUGUAAAGUGGACAUUUUUUGUGUUUGUUUUUACCGUCAGACUUUCCAGUUUUUAUUUUCAUUGAUAUAAGAAUCAAAACUUUACUCCAUUAAGGAUCUACUUGAUAUGUGACCAGCAGGGUGUCCUCAGCUGGGACGGGGUUUACAGAACACAGACACUAAACUGGCUGCUUUGCCCUAUCACCAGCCUGGACCAACAUUCAGAGAGUGUUGGUGCGUUUUCAGGGCCUGUCUGUGUUUUGGUGACGGGCAGCUCCCUGUGGGUUGAGUUCAAGGGGCAAAACAUCUCAAAUAACAGAUUUUCAAACUCAUGGAGGCAGUUUACUUUCAAAGGGUACAUGCAAGUUAACUGUACUGUCACAACUAAACUAUUCCAGUUCUGGUUGAUGCUUUUCUUUUACAGACUUUUGUAUUUUAAUGCUGGUCCUUUUUUUUUUUUUUUCUUUUUUCUAAUGAGGGUAAAUACUGUUGUGCUAUAGUAGGAUUAAAGCCCAUGAAUUAGAGCUUGAUUUUCCUUAGAAGAGAAAAAUAUUGGUACAUCUAAUGUCUUUUUUUUUUUUUUUAUUUUGAGGGGGCUUUAACACAGUAAGUGAGCUGUUUUACUGUUGUAAAUUUGUAGAACUUUUAUAUUUUGUCACUUUAUCAUGUUGUCUUCACCUGUACAGUACAGAUGUUCAGCAGUGUUGAGAUUCAUGACUAGAUGUGGUUUUUACUUUUUUUUUUGUUUUUUUUAAUAGCAUACAGUGAAGCACAUUAAAUCUCCUUGGACUUGAAACUGAGAAAGCAUUUCUAACCCAUCUAAAAAUUGGUGUUUUUAUUCAUAAAGAGCAAUUUAAUUUAAGUGUAACUAACACAAUUCCCAAAUACUCAUUCCUUUGUGCAGAAUUAAUUUCCUGUUAUAACUGUUUAUGUAAAAUGCCAAGCAAUCGUGCAAAUUUGACAUCAAAUUCAUUGAGGUGCAUGCAGUCCUAUUAUUUGCCAGUUAAACAUUAACCAGCUCCUAUAAUAACAUGCUUGUUGAAAUACUGUAUCUCAUUAUGUAUAUUUCUUAAGUCCAUUAAACAUCCAGACGAAACACU